GAUACCAGUCAGUCUACUGUCUACAUUUACGGCAGCUUAAGUUUUAGGACGAUUUUGCUUUUUUUUCACCAGUAAUUAUUUCUUUUCAAAAUAAUAAAUCAAUAAUAAUAGAUAUAAGGACGCAGGGUUUUAUUAUAAUUCUACAUAUUUGCUGUACCCCUGCUUCUUGGUUGGCUGCUUCGAUUUGGUUUAACAACUGCAAAUUCCCUGAAUCUCGGAGAUUUACGAAGUAAAACCUGGCACCCCAGAUCGAAUUGCUGGGCUUGAAAACGACUGUUAGAAGCUAGCUACCUCACCGUGGUCGUUUUCACGAGGAACAAACAACUGCGUUAAAUAUAUAUAGUCUGCUACGGAAUUAUGUCAACAAGUGACACAGACUCUGUUGACUUGAUGAGAACAGGCUCUCCAGUUCAUCACAGAAAAAAACACAGCAUGGAGUCAUCCAGAAGCUCCAAACACCAUCAUUCACGGUCAAGGUCACGUUCCAGGGAUCGAAAACGUGACAGAAAAUACAGGCGGAGUCGCAGUAGGAGCAAAGAGGCACGAAAGAGGGACUCUGAGAAGCCAUCAAAAUCGCAUAGAAAAACAGAUGAGCAGCAAGAGCAGGAGAGGCUUUCAGCAGAGAAUGGAGAAGAGCGAUCCAGACGCAAAGACAGGAGACCCUCCAAGGGACGGAGCUUGUCCAGGUCACACUCACGAGAGAGGAGGCAUCAUAGCAGAAGUCGGGACAAACGGCGAUCGCGAUCACGCAGCCGGGACAGGAAGAAGAAGGCUAGGUCUCGCUCAGGUUCAAGGGGAAAACAACGUCAUCACAGCAAGAGUCGCAGUAAGAGCAGGGAGCGAAAGAAAAGGAGUGAGAAAGUGCGCAGAAAGAGUCGAAGCAGGUCUGUUACUCCACUUACCUUCCGGGGCCGAAACACAGCUAUGGAUGCACAAGAGGCCCUGGCCAGAAGACUGGAGAGAGCCAAAAAACUACAGGAGCAGAAGGAGAAGGAAUUGUUGGAGAAACAACAGCAGCAGCAGCAGGAGAUAGCUGCAGUGGCUGGGCCCGCCCACCGCCCAGCCGCUGCUUCAAACCCUGCCCUCAAUGUGGCAGCCCUCCUGGCCUCUGGAACUCAGGUCACACCUCAGAUUGCCAUGGCGGCACAGAUGGCAGCCCUUCAAGCAAAGACACUGGCAGAGACUGGUAUUGCAGUGCCCAGUUACUAUAACCCAUCUGCUGUAAACCCCAUGAAGUUUGCAGAGCAGGAGAAAAAGAGAAAAAUGCUAUGGCAGGGAAAGAAGGACGGGGACAAGUCACAGACAGCUGAGCUGUGGGAGAAGCUGAACUUUGGAAAUAAGGGCCAAAAUCUUAAAUUUCGCAAACUAAUGGGUAUUAAAGGAGAUGAUGAUGCUGAAGCUUCCAAACCACUUAAUGAUGAAGGCAUAAAGACUCUUCAGAAGCAGGAGGAGAUGUUUAGGAACCUCGACGUUCAGUAUGAGAUGGCUCGCUCUCAGACGCACACCCAGAGGGGAAUGGGCCUUGGCUUCUCUUCCUCAUUCUCACGUGGAAUGGAUUCUAUCUAGUGCCAAACCUUGACUGUCACUUUCACUCAUCUGAACAUACAGGACUGUCGGUUCAUUGCUAGCCCUCAAGCUUGCAUGGAUGUUGCUCUGAAUCUGUAAUUUAUCUAUAGAUAAUCAUCUCACAUAUUGGAGUGUUGUAAUGUAAAUAAUGAAAUGCUGAGUUUGUCUCAGUGUUUAUUAAUCUGUACAUCUUUGGAAAAGGAGGCACCAGUGACUGGAUGAUGCUGGUUACAAUUAGGUAUUUGUUUUGAAAUAUUAUGGUAGCUUUUUUAAACAAAACUAAAAUAUAUUGAUAUGUGAUUGAGCAUAAACUGAAUAUAAAGUGCUUCAAGUAAACACUUAUCACAUCCAUUUAGCAAAAGGCAUUUGAAGUUAGUGUAGCAUUAUCAGAAUCCCUUAGUUUAAUUUCUCCUGACUGGAAAAAAACAACUGUGGAGUGUAAUACAUAUUGUCUUCAGGAUUGCCAUAGAUAGAGAUGGAUGUCGGGAGUAAUCACAUUUCAGAUGUUCUUCAAAUAAAUUAGUUUUGUGUUGAAUAUUCAUACAUCAUUGUAUGUAAUUUUUUAUUUUAUGCGAUAUGUGCGCAGGUCACAAUAUUUUGGUUCAAAUACAGUUU